CAGCAACAUGGACAAGCCGUUUCACUCUUUGCCGCGUUGGGUUACCAUGUAUUCACGACGUGGGAAGGGGCCCAGACGCUUGGCGAGGAAUACGUCGGGUCGAGGAUGAUCGAGACUGGUGGAGACAAGGCUAUGCAAGUGGCUGCCCAGCUUGGAGACACUCAAUCGCGCCGAUGGGUGGAUCGCUUACGGGACGGCGCUGCAUUUGAUGCUCUUUUACUUGGGCGGGAGAUACUACAAGGUCGCACAGAGGGUCGUCGGGGUCGAGUACAUCUCCAUCCAUCCAUCCCCACCGGGACAGGAGCCCCCUUCGUACGAAGUACUUGGAGUCCUCCUUGGUGUACAGCUAGGUGUCAAGCUCGCCCUCGCUCUCAAUCGGCAUCUACAUCGCCGCGCUGCAGCAGCGGCAGCUGCGAGAAAGAAGAAGUUGGCGAGCGGCGACAACGAGGAUGAGAAGGAUGGGCAGCAACAGGACGAUGAGGACGAGGCGGCCCCCACGGUCGACGUGGACGGUCGCCUCUGGUCGCACAAGAGCGGGCCCGCUCGACCCGUGGCGGCUGGACUGCGGGCACAAGGCCUUGAUGGCGGUGAUGAGCAUGACGAUGACGACCCCUCGUCCAACCCACGGGACUAUUCUUCUCUCCCCCCUCCCGGUCGCACCGUACCCCUAGCCUAUCCGUCCUCAACCAGCUCCUCCCUUCUGCCCUCCAUCACCUCCUCGCGAUCACCAUCAAACAACACCAUCUCCACCGCUCAACUCCAAGCUGCCCCCCUCGAGUCCUCCUCCACCUCCAUGCUGCGCUGUACCCUCUGCAUGGACGAGCGACAACCCCACAAGGGAACGAGUGCAGUGACCGAGUGUGGGCACGUCUUUGAUUGGUCGUGUAUUAUGAGCUGGUUGAGGGAGAAAGGCGAGUGCCCAUUGUGUAGGCAGGAGGUCAAAGCGGAGAGGGUUGUGCCGAUAUACAAUAUGUAGGGGGAUGUUGAGCUGACCAGCAGGGCGCAGACGCUCGUCAAGGAUCGACAUUCUUUGGCACACCUUGAAGCGUGUCGAUGUCCGUCGACCCAGCUCUGACAUCUCGUCUCGAAUAGAGGCCACUGGGGCCUUGUGUGAUUCAUAUAAUGUACAGAUAUGCCUCUCGACCCCAGCAUCGAGGCAUC